AUGGCAGCGCAAUCACUAGGAGCCUCGGCUGCUCAUAUCGCGCCGAGAAAAGUGCCUGUACUGCUUCUCAAGACAAAGUCAACUCCAAGUGAUGCAUAUGAGGAGAUUUUAGCAGGACAAGAACACUUGAAUGAACCGCUCGAUCGAAGCUUUGACCCUCGCUUUGUCCCUGUUUUACUACAUCGGUUUGAUAAUGGCGCAAUGCAGCGAGUAAGGUCAUUACUUGAAUUGAACCAGAUCAGCAAUGAACCAGGCCGCAAGUACGGCGGGAUGAUAUUUACAUCUCAGCGGGCCGUGGAGGCAUUUGCUAAAGUGGCUAAUUGUGAGAAAGGAGAUGCUGUAAAUUGUCUUCAGAAUGUGCCAAUAUACAGUGUUGGGCCCGCCACGACCCGCGCAUUGAGAGCUAUCCAAGCAGAGCCGCCACUACAGAUAUUUGGUGAGCACACUGGCAAUGGCGAGGCUCUAGCAGCCUAUAUUCUGGAGCAUUACCACGGCUGGUAUUCUGACCGCGAGGCCCUGCCUCCUCUUCUAUUCCUUGUUGGCGAGCAACGCCGUGACAUCAUACCUAAAACUUUGAUGGACCAAAGUUUGGCGCACGACCGACGAAUCCUGGUCGAUGAGGAGAUAGUCUACGGUACUGGUGUGAUGGAAUCAUUUCCUCGAGACUUUGAGGAGAUACUCUAUGAGACUAGGCACGAACCUGAGCGCUGGAUAGUUGUAUUCUCACCUACUGGGUGCGCUGACAUGCUCCGAGGGCUGGGCCUUCUUAACCAGCAUGGUGACAAAGUCGACUUGCAACGCAGGGAUGGCAAGAGUUAUAUUGCCACAAUUGGCCCAACAACAAGAGCACAUUUGAUGGACCAAUUCGGUUUUGAGCCGGAUGUUUGUGCUGAUUCACCUAGCCCGGAUGGGAUCUUGGAUGGUAUUGUGAAAUUUACAAUGCGCCAUAUCUGA